ACAAAAAAAAUUCCCAAAACCGUGCGCUCUCUACCCCCAAGAUCCAGAUCUCUCUCGCUCCCACUCUCUCAGGCAAUCAAAUGAUCACUGCCAAAAGCAGAGAUCGCCCUAUUUUGACAGCCGCAAUGGUACGGCUGUUGACGCACAGUGGUCAACAGAGACGGAGAAAAAGGGGCCGGAGACGGAAGAUUUGUUUUUGGGGAGGGGUUGUAAUGGAGAUUGCCGGUUUUGAGAUGAAUGAGUAGAGAGAUUUGGGCCUCCGGUAGCGGAAUGGCUUGCUGUUGGGCGGAUUUCAGUUAUCUAAAGAAGGUGUUUUUGCAACAUAGAUGUAGAGAUGGGUUGAUGGUGAUGCAACGAUGUAGAGAUGGGCUUAGAUGCCAAACCAGAUCUGUUGAACCGGGUGGUUGGUGGCGGUUGCAUAAUAUAUUCUUCAUGCUUGGAUACUCUCAGCAUCUGCUUUGUCUUUGUGUUCUUUUAAAUGGGUCUUCUCUAACUCUUCCGUUUUCAAUAUCUACUCAGAAAGCCUGUAGCUCAUCCCUACAAGACUGUAGAUUAUCCAUCUCUUCUUCAGAACUUACCAGCAUGCUUUUCAAUUGUUCAAUCUGCCUAUGCUUCUCUCGACUAGCUUCAGCUUCCACCACGACUGCCAUAGUCUUACAAUUCUCGAGUUCAACCCGCAUAGCACUUCUUUUAUCCACGUGCUUCAAAAGAAGAUCCUCAUUGCACCUCUCUGAAGAGCUUAGUCUUUCAAGAACCUCCUGCAUCCUCUUCCAGAACUGAUUUUCUACGUAAACAACUUCAACUUCAGAAACUAACAGAUCCAAUAAAUGUUGCCUGAGAUGGACCAAGGAAGCAUUCUGAUCAUCAAAAGAUAGCAUCUGCUCAUGUUUCACAUUCAAUCGGGAGGUAAGAUCUCUAACUGCAGCCUCCAAUUCAUCUCUCAAGCCUCUAUCAGACUGCAAUUCAUCAUGCGCACAUCACAAACUUUCUUUUAAGCCACUAAUCAGAGCUUAAGAAGGUCAUUAUCAUCAUUGUGCCCUCUCUCAUUUUUAUUUUUCUUUUUUUCCCCCUGGUUUUUAGUGAAAAAUCAUUAAAUGUGGAAAGGAACUAGUCUUUAAACCUAAAGAUAUUUUGGAAUGUACAGGUCCAAAAGGAAUGGAUGGAUACUUUAACAUGGUAGUUUCCUUCUAUUACAUGUUCUAACUGUAUUUACUCACUCAAAAACAAAAAUACUAUAAAAGAAGGAGAAGAAGAAGAAGAAGAAACUUAGCUUAUUUUGUUUA